GACAAAAAUAAACAAGUUCGUUACACCUCUGGACAUAAGGGUUGCUCCCAUCCGCGAGAAUGGCUUGUUCAAUUGAUCGGCAUGGGUCUAUAAAGCCGCAUUCGAGGCUCGAGCCUUUGUCCAGCUCACAUUUGGUGGCCAUCUCUUUGUGUAUUGAAUGACGCCAAUAAGCGAUGGAGAUGACAAAGGCCAAAGCAGACAUGAGUCCCUCCCGGGCGCAAUGCGCAACGGCUUCUCAUGUGCUAUGUGAAUCUCGUCGGCAUGAUAAUCGAUAAUGUUACCGACAGAAUUCAGUUCGAGGCGGUUCUGUCUACAGACGCUCAUAUGGAGCGGGCUCUUAUUCCGGACAAAAGGCGAGGAAGCUUGGACAGGAGGAGAUACAUCAGAGCUGGGGGUGUUCGGGUCGCCUGCGAGAGAGUUGCCAACGAUCACGAUCACUACAACAUUAGCAUACAAGCCCACGUUAUCACCAGGAGACUCCGCCUUUUCAUUGCUAGGAUGUUAUCAGCACCCGACUGGUGACUGGAGAGGACAUCCUUUCGGACCACAAGGCCAAGCCAAACCACCAGCUGUAUCGUCUGAUAACUUGACGAUAAAUGCCUGCGUAAAGGCCUGUGCUGGAUUGAAACCCCCAAGUGAGAAGCCAGGCGAGUCACCGGAUCGCUAUGGAGUAGUUGGUCUAAGGAAUGGAAGCGAGUGCUUGUGCGGCUCACAGCUCGUGCCUGAAGCCCGCAAACUCUCACCAGAAGAUUGCAAUAUAACUUGCACCGGGGAUGGAAGACACUUUUGUGGAGGGACAGACAAACUCGCAGUUUAUGGUAUCCAUGGUAUAAACGAAGAUGUCGAAGGAACGGGCAAGGACAAGAGCCAAAAUAGCAUCGACGAUGAAGCCCUAUUGCCCUCUGGAGCUGUAGCCACCGCCCUCCUCAAAGCUCCAGGAGACCCGGUGAUCGCUGGAGAUGAUGAUACCGAACCGUUAGAAUCGCCAGAUACUUCUGUUAUUGUACCAGAGGAAGCCGGAACAACAGCUGCAUCGGGAGUGGCUUCCAUCAUCUCGUCCCCCGCCGCAUUGACAUCGGCAUCAACGACGGUUAUACCACCGCCACCACCCGGGACGCCAGGUGCACCAGCUGCUUCCUCGACCAUCGCCGCCAUAACCGGCACCUUCUCCGUAGCUAUCCUCCUCGGCGCGCUCGUGGUGAUAUGCUUCCGGGCCCGCAGACGCAAGAGGCAGCAGCAGAAAGGAAAGCAAGUCUCGCGACGCCCCAUGCCCAGCGCCAUCGACACCACAGUAAACCCACCGCGCGGUCUAGACAAGCACGACGAACGAUAUGGCGGCGGCGGUGGCAAGAGAGCCCGAGUCAGCAUCUCCGCCCUCCCCCCCACCACUCCCGCGCUCGAGUCCGGCAGCGGUGGACGGUACCCAGGGCUGCACUCGCGCUUCGCAACGCCCCUCUCGUCCUCCCAGGACUUCCUCUCCGAAUUCCGGCCCCCCGUCCCGCCGAAAAACUCACCGUCGUCGUCGCCGUCUCGCGCGCCCACGUCGGCGACGAGCUCCGCGGUGGAGUGGCGCCUGUUCCCGUCGUCCGCGACGUCGACGCCGACGCAUACGCCGACGAGGGCGCCCGCUGCGCCGUUUGAUUUUGUUUUUAAUGUCCCGCGGAACCCGGGGGUUGGUGCUUCUUCUGGCCCAGCAGCAGCAGGAGGAGGAGGAGCAGGAGCGGGAGGGCGGAGUGGUGGUGGUGGAGGAGGACAGCCGGCAACAGUAACGACCCCCAGCGCAGCCGCUCGCCCAGACCACACUCUCAGCGAGCGCGCGUGGCACCGACGCAAAUUAUCCGCGCCGUUCCAGCCGCCGGCUACGGGACCGCCUUCGAUCCCGCUCCCGCCGCUACCACCGCCGGGACAGGCGCGGUCGCAGCGGUCUUACGAUGCGCUGAGGUCCUCCCAUGUGCCUGCUCCUAACGCCAACGCCAACCACACCAUCACCCUUCCAGAGCGAGGACGUCAUCGCCGCGAUGAUAGCAGGGAGAAAGUUAGUGCUGUUCGCGAUAGUAGUGGCGGUAAUACCGACGCCGAUCGCUCCGCAGGGCCAUCCCUACCACUCCGACAGAAAAAGGGGCUGUACACCCUCGGCGGACAAGCGAACUUGAGCUCCCCGGCAUUGAGAACGCCUCCGCCCGCUCCGCAGCUAGUGGACUUGAGGGUGCUGAGGGAGACGACUACGCAGUUUCAGUGGGUGGAUGAGACGGAACGAAGGGGGGGUCAGAUGGAGAGGGAAAAAGAUAUGAAUAAGAAUUUUGAGUGGAUGGAUGAGGCUGAGAGACGGGGAGGUGAGAGGGAGAGGGAGAGGGAGAGAGAAAGGAUGAAGGAAAGGGAAAGAGAGAGGGAAUGGGAAAUGGAAAGGGAACAAGAAAGAGGGCUGGUGCUGGAGACAUUACCGGCCACUACGUAUGGUGGUGAGCGUCUUGAUUCAGGGAGGUCGAAGGGUACGGUAUACACUGUAAAUCCAGAUACAGAGGAAAGUUAUGGGGAGAGUAUGGAUACGGAGACAAAGCCAAAAGAGCCAGAGCAUGUACUUGGACAUGGUCAUGAACAAGAAGACCAGGGGUGGCGUACAUCAUCGAGUUCUGUCGGCACCAGUAUCUUGUUUCCGCUUGACGAGGAAUAUCGGACGUAGGUAGUUAUGAUGGUAUAUAGGUAUAAAGCGUAAUGGCAGUCAACUAUAGGUAGUCGUAGAGGCGUACAAAAAGGAAUCUAGGGUAUAGGGCAAGGGAGAAUGGAUGCAACAGUAUUAUAUUCGAUGCGAACACGAGGAAGGCAUUAGGACAUAGGAAUUAAGUAAUAGAUAGUUAUGGUGAAUAAUAUAAUUCAUAUUUUAUGAUAAA